AUGGCGAAACAGCUCAAUUUAACCGCUCUAUGGUCACGAAAAAGAUCUGCUGAUACUCCUGCUAUCCGCCAUGAUAUUUCUGUUGAUGAACCCGUUGUGGCCGGCCCAUCAACACCGACAGGGAAUGACGAUCCUGAAGGUGAAGAAGCCGAGGGGGAGCCUGUUGGCGAUGAUCAGGCUGAUACCGGUGUUGAAGAUGUAGUCCUUGAAGGCAACGAAAGGAAAUCCACCCAGCCAGCUGCUAAGAAGAAAAGAGCAGGAGACUGUAACCGACAUUUCAAUAAGGAUUGGGAAGUCGAUUUCUUGGUUGUACAUUCUUUAGACACAGGGAAAUGUCAGUGCAUGAAAUGCGGUGUUUCAAUGAAAGUAAAACAAAGUGUGUUAAAAAAACAUUACACUGAAAAGCAUGGGGAUACCAAAGACUGGACGAAAGAGAGACGGAGGACCUUCAUCCAAAAAUGGAGGGAUGAUAACAGGAAACAGAAAGGCCAGAUGAAUGAAGCUUUCGGAUUGAAAGCAGGGCAGCGGGCCGCAUCCUUCAGGCUCGGGUUGAUGAUUGCUAAGGCGCAUUUGCCCUACAAUUCAUCGGAGGCAAUCGUGACAUGGGCCUCUUUGUCGGAUCCAAAAAGUCGCAUCUUUGGGAAAGAAGCAGUGAAAACGUUUCCGAAGUCUCGACAGACCGUAACGAGGAGAGUAGGAGAUCUUGCAGAAUACAUACGGGACGACAACAUCAGUAACAUAAGAAAAUCAAUAGCGUGGAGUUUAAUGAUAGACGAGUCUACCGACAAAAAGUGUUUUGGUCAGGCGAUCCUGUAUGAGCGACAUGUCGAUAUGUCGGCCAUGUGUGUUGUAGAGGCUUUUUUGGCGAUACUGCGAGUCAAAGGUUCACCCAACCACAACAACUUGUUUACCUUGAUCAAUGGAUUUGUCACAGACAAGGAACUCCCGAAGGAGAAAUUGUGCGGAUUUGCUGCUGACGGGGCAAGCGUAAUGCAAAGCUUGGGGAGGGGAGUGGCUGGUCUCUUGCGCUUGAACUAUAAUGAGAACUUAUUCAUACAACACUGCAUUGUGCAUAAAGAAGUUCUUGGAACAAAAGACGGCAUGAAGAAUUCAAUACCAGCAACGGUGGAGCAGACCAUUAAAAAAGUCCUUGACUUUUUUGCGAACAGUCAUGUCAGGGCCGACAAGUUGGAAGAGAUUACAGCAAUGUCGGAUGAAGAGCAUGAGUAUAACCAACUUGUCAGGUACCAAGCCGUCCGAUGGCUAUCACUCUCCAAUUGUGUGAAUCGGUUUGUUUCUCUCCACACUGAGGUCGCCCAAUAUUUUGAGACUGAGUCGACCACGGGGAAGGCUGAAGUUCGUCGAAUAUGUGGAGAAUUAUAUCAGGCAGUGGCGGGAGGGGACUUUGAGUUAUACUUGCUUUUCUUGCAGGCAGAACUGAAGAUUCUGGCGAAACUGAAUGCUACACUGCAAGUCGCCGGACAAACUGUUUUCACGGCAUAUAAUACCAUAAGUGAUUCAAUCAGAGAAUUCAUUGAACCGAUCGUUUGGGAUGAACGUCGGCAAUGGGAUGACCUACUGUCAGAUGAAAACCUGAAGGGGUUCAAUACCGACAUUGAAUUCCACUCUGCUGGUUUUCAUGCAAGGAAAGCCCAGCUAGUGGAACAUGGUGUAUUGACCCCACGGAUGGCGGAUGAAGUACAUAAAAAGGCUACAAAUAGAUAUGUUCCCGCCAGGUUCGAGCAUGAUCAACUGAAGGAGCAGUUCAGAACCUACCGAUUCACAUCUGACCUUGAUAAUCUGUUGGAGAAUUAUCCAGGGUCCGAUAACUUCUUCUGCCACUUGUACGAGAUGGGGGAAUUCCGUGAAUUUGCGAAAUUUUGCCUGACCUUGUUCUGUCUGAGUCCUACCACUGUUGCAUGGCUGAACUUGAAUGCGCUCAUGAUGGUGAAUACAGACAGACGAGACCAAGAAACAUUCCCAGUUGUUGAAGCCAUGCGUGCAGCAAAAGAUUAG